AUGGUUCGAACAUCCAAGGAUGAAAAGCUUAAAGCUGGCGUCAAACGGACUCGUGGCAGGCCUCGCACUAAAGAACCUAGAAAUUCUCCACCAUCAAAGCGACAUAAGCUAUCAAAUAUUGGCUCUACAAAUGGCACGAAAUCGCCUCAAAAGGAGGGGAGCUUGAGCCCUAGUCAUCAAGAACCGCCUCAACUUGAACCAAUGCCUGCCGUGGAAGAAGAAGAUGGCAUUGACAUUCCAUUAGGUUACACUGGUCUUAAUUCAGUUGACGAGCAUCUUCUACCCGGAAAAUGUAUUGUUAUCUGCCCCCUUUCUUCAUGUCGCAAAAAGUACGCCAAUCCAAUCGACCUCGUCUCCCAUCUUCGAAAUUUUCAUGAAAAGGAUAAAUUUUCCUCCCUGAAAAUUUUCACUUGUCCCACUUGCUUAAAGACCCGUUUCAGUUCACAUACUACAAGCUCUGAUUUAACUCUUCUGUCUGAGCAUGCUGAGCGUUAUCAUGGACAAACUUUGAGCCAGAAUGACUUUGUUUACUUCUGUACCGUCGUAAUGGACAUCUUAACUGAUGACAAAGCUACUCAAAAGAGGGAAGAAAAUGAUGUCAAGCAAGAAUGUGUACCCAAUGAUCAAUGUCAAAAUUCCGAUACACUUUAUCAUCCCAUAUUUCCUUUGGUGCCUAAUUCUACAAUGGUCUCAGAUAAUAGCUCUGAAUCAAGUGCAAAUAAAGUUGCUCGAGUAAAUACAGACAGUCUGGGUUUGAGAAUACCCUCACAAACUGGACAUUUUAUUCAAAUAUCUCCCGUUACUCAAAGUCUACCCAACAAUGCUCCCGCAGCGGUAUCUGGUACAGCAGCACCACCGCCAUAUUUUGCUGCCCUGGCUGCAGUGGCAGGUCAAUUGCCCUCAGGAGCAUUUCUCCUCUCUUCAUCGUCCACUUCGAACCCCGUUGUCACGACGAAGGCAUCUGCUGAGCAACACAUUCUUAUUGCUCCUUCUUCGAGUAUUUGUACAUCUCCGUCAAAACCCCUUCCAGUGCUCAUUACGUCCUCUUCAGCCGUUGGCGAUACCAACCACACCGCCAGUAUCAGCAACAACCUUCAACCACCCCAAUCACCUACUGCCGCAGCUGCCAUAGCAACACUCAAGCAGCUCAUCCAAUCAGCUUCGACUACUCUGAAGCCCCACCAACACCAGGCACCAUCGCAAACCACUCCGGCCAUCACCUUGAGUAAUACUUCAUUCUUACCUUCUCCCUCUGCUCUUCCUCAAAUCACACCUUCCACCUCUCCUGUGACAAAAAUGGGUACAAGAUUCGAACAUCCUUCGUCGACUUCGAUUGGUUGUCCCCUUGCACAAGGCGGAGGCUCAUUGGUCACUUCUCCUGGGGCUGAAUUGGAAACAACAACGGACUUGAGCUCGUAUGCUUCAGCCAAUGCUGACCUUCUUACUCUCGCUCGUCUCUCUGUUAAUCAGGCUACUGCCGAUGCUCUAAAUAAUAGUGCCAACAACACAGCCACCACCUCCAAUUCUGCGAAUAAUCAGCAGAGUGCUGGUAGCGUGGUGGUUCAGGAGAGUACGACUCUAGUGAUGCCGCAACAAACAACCAGCCAAUUGCCCUCAUCUUCUUCAACUACGCCAUUGAGGAAUCGGCGGUUGCUUCCACGUAAAACAGCCCCACUCUCUCCUGCUCCAAUUUCAGUUGCUGGCCAGGCAAAUCAGCCUGUCAGCGCUGGCACCCAAGUUCCAAUUCGAAAACGCGUGGCCCUGCCUCCCCUAGCUGUUAAGCCUCCUAAAGAGGUGACACCAACACCUACCACUCUUGAUGGUACUACAGGGGCAUCAGUGGUGACAGCAGGGACAUGUGUUUCCGAGGAAGCACCUGUGAUGACAGCUGCUUUGAUUAAUCCCUCUUCGGCUGCUCCUAGCGCCGCCGCCGCCACCACCCUCAUUCCAUCAACUCUGAAUAACAUGCUGGCUAGAUCAAGACUACUGGCAAGCACUUCCACCACUUCUACGGCAACUUCAUUCAUCAACGUGCCGGUUCGACCUGUCAUCUCAGCUACCACCGCAUUGGCGGCGGCGGCGGCUGCUGCUGCCGUGGUGCCUUCUUCGACUUCCAACAAUACUCAGCAGUCCAGUAUUCCGCCCCCUUCUCAACACCUCAUACAACGCAUAUUGCCCACCAUUCGACCAAGUGAGUUUUUUGGGUGUUAG